AUGGAUUUUGCAUUAACUCCCGAUAUUAAGUCUAUUUUCCAAAAAGAUCUUGUUCUUACAGUAAUGAAGCGCAAUGCUCAAGCUCUAAUUAACAUGAUUCAGAGCGAAUCAAACCUAAUAAAUACUAUUCACCUAGCAUUAGCCAAUCCUGAUGAACUUGGCAAGUCCCUUCCACUAUAUAAAGGCUGCCUGAACUAUAUUAUCAAAGGGCCCCCUGAAAUACGCGAGUAUAUCGCGUAUUCUGCCGAAUUCAUAUUUUGUGUAAACACUUUCAUCUCCGAAAUUCAACAAAAAUCCGAAAAACAGAUUGUUGCCUUUCACAAUCUUAUUUCUUCAUUUUUAGAUCUUCAAAAUCUGAACAUUAUUUCCAGAAUCAAUAAUCCCUUCCCCUAUCUUCUUCCUUUCGUUUCGAAAUCAUGUAUUGGAUUCACAGUAACAAAAAUUUUACUUUCUUUUACGACAAUUCCUUCAGAAUACAUAGAUUCUUUUAUAGAAUACUUCCCCAAAGAAGAUUAUGCCAUUUAUUGGUUCAGAUCAGCUCUAAAUGAGAAGAAGUCACUAGUUUCACUUGAUGACGCCCCAAGAUUAGCAGAUUGUUUAUUAUCUCUUGCAAUUACGAAACAAAAGUCAAUUUUUACCAUCCAAUGCUACGAAAUAUGUUGGAUACUCAAGAAUUUCUCAUUAACAAACCAAUUACUUGAAGUUUUGCAGAAAUAUCUUGAAGAUCACGAUGAAAAGUGCAGUUUUGCCGUCAAACUGUUCAAUGACAUUUCCAUAGACAUGGUCUUCGAACUUCCAGAGAACAGCAUCUUAAACAACGCCAUAAUUUCAAAUUUCAAACAAUUAUCAAAAGAAGAGAAAGUUAAAAUGGUUGAAGAGUGUGAUCUGACCAAUAAAAUCAUAUCUCUCAGCCAAAGAAACGAAAGAUCUUCAGUUGUUUUCGAUCUUGGUGAAAAUUUGAAUUUACUUGGAAGUUCAUCGCCAAAACUACAAAGCCCUGCAUGGACACAACUCUGCAAAGAGUUGGUAGCUGUCAAACAGUCGAAAUCUCUCUCUCCUUACGGAGGACCAAUUAAAUCUAAACCAGAAACUACAGAACCUCCAAUUUGCAAACCAGCAUCUCCUGUAAUAUCUGGUCUGAAUAUUUUCAAGGCUGUCAGCUCUCCAAUUGUAGGAAGUCCUGUUUAUGUUCAAUUCGAACCAAUUUCAGUUAGAUACCAAUAA